GAAGUUUGAAGGACUUGAAAAUGUGACCCAACAAAUGGAUCUAGUAUUGUUAGAGUUAUGUCUAACUCUGACCAAAAAAACUAGCUCCAAUGUGGGAACUAUGAACAACAUUUUGAUACUUCAUCCUUAGCUUCCAGUUUUCCAAAGCACCAGCUGCAAACCACACAAGAUUUUUCUUCUGAGAAGUCGUAGGGCCAUUGCAUUCAGAUAGAACAGAAACAUUAACUAGAUUCACUUUGGAUGAUGAAAUUGAGGUCAAGUGAAGCAAUGGAAUCUGGGCCUUAUCCGCAGCGUCCCGGGGAGCCAGAUUGUUCAUAUUACAUCAGAACAGGCCUUUGCAGAUUUGGUGCUACAUGUCGGUUUAAUCAUCCCCCUAACAGGAAGCUGGUUAUUGCCACUGCAAGGAUGAUGGGCGAGUUCCCAGAAAGAAUAGGGCAACCAGAAUGUCAGUACUAUCUGAAGACAGGAACUUGCAAAUUUGGAGCAACAUGCAAAUUUCAUCAUCCUAGAGACCAAGCUGGGAUUGCUGGAAGAGUUGCCUUAAAUAUUUUAGGCUAUCCUCUCCGCCCUAACGAAUCAGAAUGCACAUAUUAUUUGAGAACAGGACAAUGCAAAUUCGGGAACACUUGCAAAUUCAACCAUCCCCAACCAAGUAAUAUGAUGCUUUCAUUACGAGGUUCUCCAGUUUAUUCUGCAGUCCAUUCUCCUACUACACUUGGUCAGCAGUCAUAUACAGGAGGAAUUACAAAUUGGCCGAGGGCAUCUUAUGUUCAUAGUCCACGCUGGCAAGGCCCUUCAAGUUAUACACCUUUAAUUCUACCUCAGGGGAUGGUUUCAGUGCCUGGAUGGUCCUACAGUGGUCAUAUGGGAUCAAUCUCUACUUCAGACAGUCCACAGCAAUCAAUGGGAAAUGAUCAAGGUGAACUAGAAAAUGCCGGAUCUCAUGGAGCAUAUUCUCAAUUCCGUGCUGGAACUAUUCCUGUAGGGUAUUAUGCGUUGCAGAGGGAGAGCAUAUUUCCUGAGAGACCUGGUCAGCCUGAAUGUCAAUUCUAUAUGAAGACAGGAGAUUGCAAGUUUGGUGCAGUCUGUCGGUUCCACCACCCACGUGAUAGACAAAUUCCAGCUCCUGAUUGUAUCUUGAGUCCCCUAGGCCUUCCUUUACGUCCUGGAGAGCCUUUGUGUGUCUUUUAUUCACGCUAUGGCAUAUGCAAAUUUGGCCCAAGUUGCAAAUUUGACCACCCAAUGGGAGUAUUCACGUAUAAUAUAUCUGCACCGCCUUCAGCGGAUGCUCCUGGCAGGCGUCUGUUAGGAUCUUCAUCGGGAACGGCUGCAUUAAAUUUAUCAUCAGGAGGACUUGUUGAGUCAAGCUCAGCAAAGCCAAGGAGGCUUUCAGUAUCAGAGGCUAGACAGAUUCCUUCUGAUGAUGAUGACAUUGAUGAUGAUAGAUGAUUUCUCUAUGAAAGGGUCUUUUGCCUUUCACAAUUUUAUUUUUUUGAGGGGAGAAAUGAGUAAUCUGUAAAUUGAUUUUCCCAUUGCUGGAGAUGUACAGAGGUCAUGUCAGGUUGAUUCUGUCAGUGUGAAAUUAAAUGCAGUUGACAGAUUCAAUUGUUCUGGAUUUCAUGUUUCCAGAGUAUUGUAUAAUUUAAGGAAAUAUUGUUACAUUUGGUCAAACACAAUGUGAACAAUCUCUCUUUCCUUCCUGCCUUCCUGCCUUUCGAAUUAACUCUUCCCAUUGUGUAAAAUAUCUCUUUUUUGGAAAUGAGCAAUAACCAAAUUCUACUUCCUUUGUGAA